AUGGAAUCCCUUAUCGCGCCGCGCAUUCCUCCUUCCGUGGAUCUAAGAGAUAAGGUCUUCCACCUCAAAACGCAGAUCGAGUCGGUCGAAGAUGCUCCUGGACACAGCUCAGACAUCACCGGCGGGGCCGAGUUGAUUGUUGAGAGCGAUGCCGGCCCUCAUGAUGCUGCGCAGCAGAAGCGUGCUGCAGAGAUGCAGAUGUGGUGGGAUGAAGCGAUCGUGCGGAAUAUGGAUUUGCCCGACGGAUACGCAAAAGUUGCUGUGUUACUGGUGAAGUGGGAGGACGAGCUGGACGAGCUCAAGACAAGAGCGGAGGCCGAAGAACUCUCCGCUGUCUUUCGCGAUCGUUUCCAUUUCGUCACCGAAACGGUUGAGCUCAACGUCUCAUCUAAGCCGCAACAACAGAUGCGCACCUACAUGAGUGCAUUCAUACAGAAGCAUGACGGACCACACAAUCUUUUGAUCGUGUACUAUACAGGACACGGCAUGUACCAGGAGGAUCAGAAAUACCUCGAACUCACCGCGAGUCUAAGACCUAUGGACAGACGCGGCUUCCAGAAGGAAGCCAAGUGCAAUUGGAACAAGAUCCAAGAACUCCUCCAGGAGGAGGAUGUAGAAUCAGAUGUGCUUACGAUACUCGACACUUGCUAUGCUAGCAACCUGACAAAAGGUGGGAAGGAAGAGACCAGGACCUUCGAACUUCUAAGCGCUUGUGCCAUCGACUCGACGACGGCUGCGCCGGGUGACAAUAGCUUCACUCGCGCACUCAUCGAUACAUUAAAGAGGCUUCACGGGCAAUACGGCGAGAAGGGCUUUACUACGUUCCACCUGAACCAAGGUAUUGCCCUUGACAAGAGACGCCAUGACACGCCGCCCCAAUUAUGGUCCCUCAAGCAGCAUCUUGGACGGCACAUACAUCUUGCCCCUCUCAAGCCACAACAAACGUGCGAGCUGAAAGCUCGGCGACUACAUCAUGUACCACGAGGCUACCUCACACUUCGGUUUGCGCUGCGGGAUGAAUCACUCACGCAGGAACAAAUCGAGUUUCUGACGCUGCAGCUGUCUAAAGCGUUUAACAACAAGCUGCUCGUUGGCCUGAGUCGCAUAGACUGGCUCGGGAUCAAGCCCGCGCGUACUACCAACUUUCGCCGGGCAGCACUCGCAAUGUACGUGGUGCGAAAAUGGAAGAGGAUUUGCGAACGCCAAAGGAAAAGACAGGUGGAUGGAGUUGGCUUACCCGAUGGUUCAACAACCGAUGCGCCGGCUGCAACUCGUCGGAAACGUCCCCGCGACAGCUUCACCAACUCCCCUACGCCUGAGCGAAAACGUGACUAUCUCGCGGCCUCACAGCCACCCUCACCCCCGGUAUCCAAUUCUUCGAAGGCCUAG